AUGUGUAAAGCUUCCAGUCACCCGGGGAGUGGAGGUCAGAGAACCCAGAGGUGGUUGUCCGUUCCUCGGCUUUCUAUAAGAAGACGGAUUGGACAGUUGCCGCCAUCUUUCCUGAGAGAACGCUCUUUGCAGCUUCUGAGACCUUUGGCAAAAGCAGGUUUCCCACCAACUAGCCGAGUCAGCAAGGCAGUCUACAGUAGAGCUCCAACUCGCCUUCUCUCUCGUCUUUGGGGCCUAGUCAAUGAGGUCAGCCUGCCUCGCUGGUUGCGGCGUCCCCUCCUCUCCAUGUAUGUGUGGGCCUUCUCUGUCAACAUGGCAGAAGCCGAAAUAGAAGACCUGAACCGCUACAAGAAUCUGGGGGAGCUUUUCCGACGUCCACUAAAGUCCACAGCCAGAGUCAUCUCCGUCCACAACGCGGUCAGUCCCUGUGAUGGGCGGAUCUUGCACUGCGGCCGGACUCGGGGCUCACAGAUCGAGCAGGUGAAAGGAAUAACCUAUUCGCUGGAGAACUUCCUGGGUCCCCAGGACUGGAGAGAACCGGCCAACGUGGGUGAGUAG